AACCCUAGUCCUCUUUCUCUCGCUGAUACUCAUCUUCAUCUUUAUCAUCAUCAUCAUCAACCAUGGGGAUUUUCUCUUGGUGGAAAGGCAACAACAAGGAAACUCAGCCCUCCAAACCCGCACAGAAACCUCAAAUUUCGUCGGAAAACUCCCAGGUACCGGGCAUGAACGGAGCUAUGAAAGUACCUCGACCAGACCCUCCGGCCGACGUCACGAUCUUUGAAUUCGGAUCGGUGGCUGCUUCGACUGAUAAGGUGACGCUUGCCGGGUUCUGCCCCGUAUCGGACGAGCUCGAACCAUGCCGCUGGGAGAUCUUGCCGGCGAAUGACUCCAAUGCGCCUCAGUUUCGCGUAGUCUUCUGAAGGUAGCAAAUGAGCAUGAAAAGAAAUGUAUAAGAAGACCCUUUACUGAGAUUGUUAACUUUGAAUGGAAUUUGACAAGGGGCUUUUUGCAUAAUUAUGUGAUGUUGAUAGAAUGAAUAACUACCUAAUUUUUGUUAGUAAAUUGGCUUUAUUUUAUGGGUUUCUCUUCUUCCUGCAUUUUAUCAGGAUAUAUUUCCUUCUAUCAUCACUAUUUUAAGUCUUCUAUCACUGUGUCUUUCUGUGGGUGCUUGUAGUUGUUGAUUGUUGAGUAUGAUGUUACUUUUAACAAUACUAGUCUAUAUGUGGUUAAAGUAAUACACAACAGAAAGGUUAGUAUUUUUAUGAUUUUUAAGUUUGCCAAAUUCCCUUGAUCCUCAAUUUGUUUUGCUUGAUUGUUAGGUGGAAGUAGCAUGUGUUUAAAUUGUAUUGAGAUAUGUGUUGGAUAGACUAAGGCAUUUUGCAGUGGGUUGGAGUCAAGCAAAGUGAGGAGUUUGUGAUGCAGUAGAAAUCUAGGAGGUGCCUAAGCAGAAGGAUCUAUUUUCUAUAGUUGUUUUAUAUAUUCAUCGAUGCCCCAAGUUUCAUGAAAUAUAGUUUGGGUUCAUUUUGCAGGCAUCCACCAAUAAGUUUAUUAUUUGAACGAAAGAAAAUUCAAUACUUUAUGAUUGUCUAAUUGGGUGUCUGGUCUGGAAUAGCCAGGACAUGAGUGUAAGAAUGGGACUUCUUGAAAGAAAAAGUGUCUGGGUUUUGAAUUAGUAGUAUACGUUUCUUGUAACAAGAUGGAUUUGCCAACUAUACCAUCUUAUUUAUUCAUAAACUUUUGAUAGGAUAGGAGGAUGUGCUUUGAUGUUGAAUUGAAGUAUUGAGACUAGUGUAAAGAUUGCUUGAAUUCUGAAUAGGGAUAUAUUUACUAGCCAAAAGUUUCUGGUUAUGAGUUUUUUGAGUUGUGCCAUGUAUUACCGUAAGUGGCAUCACAAGUAGAUUGUGGAGAAAAACACGAAAGACGCACGGAGGGUUGUAUCAAUUAAUAUUGAUGAUAUAUUCUUGGUUAUCUGCAUUCAUGAUGCAUCUGCACUGUGUUCAUUUUUACAAGUUGUAUUUUAUAGGGAUGUUUUAUGAGAAGGUGGUAAAACUCAACAGAUGUCUCAAAGCACUCGAGUUACCCUGAGGUCAAGAGUUCGUUGGAGCCUCUCCCAUCCCAUAAAAGUUGUGCUUGUCGAAAAAAUUGUAGAUGCUAAAGGAAGGUAAGAUAAUUGAGUCUUAAGCAAUAGACUUGUGUAUCACAGCGAUUAGAUAGUAGCAGAAAGAUCACAUUAUUUAUGUACUUCUGCUAACCAAGGGCCUUAGUUUUACUUGUGCUGGUUAACAGCUAUUGGACAAAUCAGCCAGUGGAAAAUAUUUUCCCCCACAUGGCUAUACAUUAUUUUUUUUUGUCUGAAUGCUUCCUUUACAUUGUGAGAGUUGUGUAUUUGAGGGAGCUGAUGUUUAAAAAUUCAGUAGGUUUCUCACAAAUUUCUAUCUGCUGGUAUGCAGUCGUUCGAGUCACUUCGAAAUAGUAAGUCGCCAAUGUUUUGUAUGCUGCAUUUGAAGUAACAAGAUGGUAGUGUCAUGUGAAGUUACAAGCAACCGCUCUGGCAGGGCUAUGAAUAGUUCGAGUUGAACCACAUUGUACUAUUCUUGAGCACAUUAUGAAACUGUGGCCUCCUACAUUUUCAGGGUCAAUUAACCUGCUUGAUACAGGACUGGAUUAGGAGGAUGGAAUCAGGUUUUGAAAUAUGAGUGGUUCAGAUGACUGGAGUGUCCCUUGAUACUUUUAUGCUGAAAGAUGAAGCUUGUCGUUGAUGGAAGCUUCGUGGGAUUAGUUACACCAACUUCAAACUUCUCGUCUACUUCUUUAGUUUACAGCAAGAUAUGUAUGUAAUGGUUGACAUCAAAAGGUGUUUGUCACAGUAAAGGCUUGAAUGGAGGAUAUGCCCUUUCCAUAAACAUGACAAAUGCCUU